UAUUUUUUGAAAAAGUAAUAUACAGUGUAUUAAUCUUUACUUUUUAUUAUAUUCAUCAACAAAUGCCAAAAUGCUUUGUAUUUGCCACAAUGUAACAACAUAAUAAAAAAGUUCAUACUGUUCGUGCCCUGGGAUGCAACAGUCUGGGCUAAUAUGUGAAAGCCACGAAUUUCUACAAAUAAACACGGCUAAUAUCAGAAGUCAGAAUGAAGAGCACAACAACUUUCAUGAACUCUGAAUAGUGUUUAAAAAUGCUUGUUCUGUUGGGUUGACAGAGCCGUUGAGGAUCAUGCUUCUUGGAAAAUGUGGCGCAGGCAAGAGCUCGAGUGGGAACACCAUCCUCAAUAAAAAGGUGUUCAGGUCAGAGAUGAAGCUGGGCAGCGUCACUGUUCACUGUGAAAAAGAGUCCGGGGUGGUUGGAGAUAUACCUGUCAAUGUGAUUGACACACCAGGGCUUUUCGAGAAGGGAAGCAACAAGGAGGACAUCAUCCAAAAGAUUCUUCAUUGUCCAAAACUCCAGGAACCAGGACCCCACGUCUUUGCAUAUGUUGUUCCUUUAGGAAGGCUGACUCAGGAAGACCAAGACACCCACACGCUGAUCGAAGCAAAGUUUGGCCCACAAGUGUGGGACUACACCAUCGUGCUGUUCACCCACGGCGAUCGCCUGGAAGACAAAAAAAUAAACAACAUCAUUACUGAGAGUGACGAGAACCUCCGCAACUUCAUAUGCAAGUGUAGCGGUGGCUUCCACGUCUUCAACAACAAAACCCCGGAGGACCAGAAGCAGGUCACAACUUUUAUGGAGAAGAUCGAGACCCUGGUGACCCUGCAUGGAGGUAGUUACUACAAGACAGAGUUGUAUCCUGAGAAGGAGAGGAAAAUCAGAAAAAGACAGGAAAGCAUCCUUACAGAGAGACAAGAAGAAAUCAGCAAAAAGGAGGAAAAUCUGAGGGAGCGUUACAAGGAUGAAGAGCUAAAGAAGAUGAAGACAAACCUGUGGAGAAAAGAGGAGGAAAGAGCAAGAAAAGACGCAGAGGGGGAAUUAUGCAGCAAGUCCUACAUCAUGAAGAGCAUCCUGUUGCUGGCUUUAUUGUGUCUACUGUUAUGUUGGGAUCUUGGGGUAGCAGCUAAAUGGCUUUGUGGAAUAGGAAUCAUUUUAAUUGUGGCGUCUUUUAAGAUAUUUCCAAUUAUUCCAGGAAAAAUACCAGGUCUUUCUAAGAAAAAGAAAUAGAUGAGCUUUUACUGUGUUAGUGAUUUAUCAUUCAAAUGUGUGACAGAUGAUAUAUCUAACUGAUUUAAUUAACAAAAAUAAUUUUCAUACAAAUUUGUCUGUCCAUAAUUAGAAAAUAUUAUCAUCUGAUAUCAUCUCAUUAAUCUCAUAUUUAAUCAGAUAACAGAACUGUAAAAAUGCUAAUGAAAACAAUAUUUAAAGUACUACACAAAAGUCUCGGCCCACCACUUUUUCUUUAUAUUUUACUAGGAAAAAAAGUAGAUGCAAGGAUUUGUGGAAAUAUACCUGGAAAUACAAUACAGAGUUUUAAAAUGAUAAUGAGUUUGAAAAUUAAUAUUUGGUACGACCACCUUUAUUCUUCGACACAGUCUGAACUCUCUUAUGCAGCUUUGUUCUCAUUUCUUUAAGUAGUCUUCAGGAAUAGUUCUGCAGGCUUCUUGAAGAAUAUUUAAAGUUGUCUUUGGAUGCUGAAUGCUUUUUGUUCUGCCCUCUGUGAAGAUGAUCUCACACUGCUUCAGUGAUGUUGAGGUCCAGACUCUGGGGAGCUUCAGUAAUGCCCCCUGCUCCUUCCGAGAAGACGCUUUGCUCUGGCUCAGAUUUCUCUUCCAAAGCCGUUCUGUGUCUGAAUGAAGCCGUCGGGCGUCGCUGGGGUCUCUAUGAGACUCGGGAACACUCGCAGCUCUUCCAGAGUGUCCAAGAGGAGAUGGCCUCCAAGGGGCACAUACUGCCUGUUGAGAAAAUCCGUCGCAAGUGGAACAACCUCAUUGUGACAUACAAGAGGGUUAAAGAGCGCAGCCGGGAGACGGGACAUGCUAAGACGUCUUGGGAGUUCUUUGAUUUGAUGGACGCCACCCUCUGCGACACCAUUGGCACUCAGAUCGUCAACAACAAACGAAACAAAGGCGGCAGCACGGUUUCUACACUGCCUGCUCCUUUGGCUAAGAUCGCUGCAAAGCCCCUGCAGCUUCCACAGCCGACAUCCACCAUCAUCCGUCCUAGCAGUGACUUCGCUGCUGUUGCUGGUGGUGGUGGUGUGGACUCAGUAGGUCUGGGCUCCAGUGCUGGCAGCGCUGCCAGUACGUCGGUGACUGCAGCGACCAUUAGCUCAACUAAUGCUCCAGACCUUAAGCCCCUGAUCGUCCUCAAUGAAACAGCCACCACAUCCCCUUCCCUCAUCUCCGCCAGCAACACAGACCUCAACACACUGGGCUACACGAGCCGCAAAGCUCCAUCCAUCUCAUCACGUCCUCCUGCCUCACUUCCUCUGCUGCCACCUCUUUGUCUACAACAACUGUGUCUGGAACUGAAGGACAGAACCAGAAGGCGAAAGCGGAGCAAGGCGGCUCCACUUUGUUCCAGGAGAUUCUGAAGCGACAGGAGGAGCAGGCCUACCUCGAUCGAGUAUCUCGCCGCAGGGUUGAAGCCAGAGAGAAGAGGCGCGAGAGGAGGGAGGUGCGAAUGUCCGAGUCCCUAGGAAGGAUAGCCACAGCCCUGGAGCUGCUCUCCUCCAAACAGGACACAGUCAUCGCCCUCCUACAGAGGCUGGCUGAUCGGAAAUAAUCUACGGUGAAAGCCUGGAAAGUAGAAUCUCCUGACCUUGUUUUUUUUUCCCACCUGAGAUCCUCCUUAUGAAGCUCUCAUGCACUAUAAUGCUACUUUAAUGAGCAUAAUUUAAUAUAAAUGUGAAUUUGAUGAACUCUUAAGUAAAUAACAGACAAGUGCAAAGGUGAGUCAUUGUUCCGUGCUUUUAAAUUGCUGUGCAUUGUAAAUAUGUUAGUUUGCUUCACUAACAUCAAAUAAAAAGAUUCUUUGGAUAUGCACCAUAAACUGUAUCAUAAAGACUCAUAAACUACCUCAAAGCACA